AUGUUCUCCAAGUUGAUCACCAUUGCGGCCAUUCUCAGCGUUGUCACUGCUAUUCCGCACAGACUUGUCCAACGUCAACAACCUGAUUAUCCAGACAAUGGCACUCUCGUGAACGCUCCAGUAGCCACUAACCUCACUCGACCCAAUCCAGAUUACAACCAGACCACACUCGCCGCCAUCAAAGGCGCCUAUACCGCAAGUGAACGACUAGCCUACAUCGCAAGCUUAGGCGAUCCCAACGACUACUUCAAGUUCGACUUGACACCUAACGGCUCUCACUCCAAUGCUGCCAACGGUCUUGGUGGUCAAGGCUACCUCGCACAUGUCGGGAAUUACCCAGUGCUGAUGGGUACCGGACUGUCCGUCGCUAUCGGCUACCUCAACCCAUGCGGUCUCGACAGCAUUCACGUUCAUAAUCGCGCAACCGAAAUGGUCACCCUCGUCAGCGGUGUUUCUCUAAAGACUGGUUUCGUCCUGGAAGACGGCUACGACCUCCCCGUAAUGGUCGAAAUCGGCCUCUACCAAGGCACAAUCCGCCCCAUGGGCUCCCUCCACUGGGAAUUCAACGACCACUGCGAACCAGCCGUCUUCGUCGCCUCACUCUCAAACGAAGACCCAGGCGUCUCCCGCACAGCUCAGAAUUUCUUCAUCAACCCACAGGAGAUCGUGGAGGCUAAUCUGGCGUACCCGAGCUGGUUGGAUAGUGUCAAUACGACUGAUUAUAGGGCUCAGUUGCCGGCUGCUUUUGCGCAGGGUGCUAAAGCUUGUUAUCAGAGGUGUGGGUUGACUUAUAAUCCUAAUCAGGCUGGUGGGAUCAGUAAGUAG